AUGUCGGACUUUGUGCGCGAUAUGCGCAACCACAAGAUCGUCCCGGACGUGGUGCCGGUUCCGCCCGAAAGUCUACUGCACGUGGUGUAUCCCGGUGGGUUGCGGGUGAACCUCGGCAACGUGCUCACCCCCACCGAGGUGAAGCACGUCCCGGAGGUCAGCUGGCCGGAAGCGGAACCGGACGCCUACUACACGCUGAUCAUGACCGAUCCGGACGCACCGAGCCGUACCGCGCCCAAGUUUCGCGAGUGGCACCACUGGCUGGUGGUGAACAUACCCGGGCUAGAUCUUACCAAGGGUGACACGCUGUCGGAUUACAUCGGUGCAGCGCCACCGCGCAAAACCGGCCUGCACCGGUACGUGUUUCUGCUGUACCGACAGAACGAACGCAUCUACUACAAGGAGUCGCGGCUCUCGAACAGGAGCACCCAGGGCCGGGGCAAGUUCUCCACGCACAAGUUCUCGGAGAAGUACGAGCUGGGGUUACCGGUGGCGGGCAAUUUCUUCCAGUCCCAGUUCGAUGACUACGUGCCGAAGCUCUACCGUCAGCUGGGCCACUUUCAAAACGCAUUCUGA